AUGGAGUCAAAGAAAUUAACUAAAUCGGAAAGAAAAAUGAAUAAAAAGAUCAGUCGUUCUCGACAACUCCUGUUGAAACAUGAAAAAAUCGAAACAACUGAGGAAGUGUCAAAUAUGUUAUGUGUGUAUAAUGGAGGUUUAAUUAUGGGAAACAGCCAGGAGAAAAUCCAAGAUUUAUUCAACCCACAUGGAACAAUCCAAGACAUCACCAUGGUACCAGAGAAACCAUAUUGUUUUGUCUGUUUUGAGAGGCAGGUUGAUGCAGAAAAAGCGCAAAGUAUUUUAAAUGGUUUUAGUUUUAUGAAUGGAGAAACUGAAUAUAAACUUUGUAUAUUCUAUGUUAGUCAAGUUCCACCCAGCAUAGGACCAACGACAGCCCUACCCCCGGGAUUAAUUCUAAUCCCAGACUUUAUCCCAGAGACGUUAGAACAGGAAUUAUUAGAGUCUAUAGAUUGGAGCACUGGGGUAGAUCAAGGUAACGUCUCGUUGAAACAUCGUAAAGUAAAGCAUUAUGGGUAUGAGUUUCGAUAUGAUAUAAAUAAUGUUGAUCCCAGUUGUCCGUUAAACGAAGGCAUACCUAGUAGAUGUCUGAAGUUAUUACACCAAGUUAAUGAUCUAGGAAUUGUUAAUUUUAUACCUGAUCAACUCACAGUCAAUCAGUACCAACCUGGACAGGGUAUACCAUCUCAUAUAGAUACACGAGAAGCUUUCGAGGAUGGUUUGAUGUCACUUAGUUUAGGUUCUCAGGUAGUGAUGGAGUUUCGUCACCCAAAGGGAGAUCACUUGUCAGUUUUAAUUCCUCCCAGAAGUUUGUUGAUAAUGACAAGUGAUUCUCGUUACGUCUGGUCACAUGGUAUAACUCCACGGAAGUCUGAUAUUAUUCCUGCAAGUGACGGAAAGUUUACUCUCUCACAACGUGGAAUUCGAACUUCUUUUACUUUUAGAAAAUUGACAGAAAAUGCAGGUAUUUAUAUGAAUAACAAUCAACCUGUACAGGACAAAAAGGAGAAAAAAGCAGUAUUUAGUUUACCAAGAAAUGAUGAGGAUGCUGUAAAAUUAGAACAACAACAUGUUCAUCAGGUGUAUGAAGAAAUAGCAGAUCAUUUUAGUAGUACGAGACACUCCCCCUGGCCUCAAAUAGUUCAGUUUAUAAAUUCCCAACCCCCAGGGUCUAUCAUGGCUGAUAUCGGGUGUGGCAAUGGAAAAUAUCUUGGUAUUAAUGAAAAUGUUUAUUCUAUUGGGUCUGAUAGAAGUUAUAAUCUGGCUAGUAUUUGUCGAUUUCGUAAUUUCCAGUCUUUGGUAUCAGAUGUGAUGUGUAUUCCUUUACGGCCGGAUAGUUUUGACGUGUGUAUCUGUAUUGCUGUUAUUCAUCAUCUAUCAACUUGGGAAAGAAGACUUGGGGCUAUACAGGAACUGGUGAGAAUAUUACGCCCUGGGGGUCAGGUUUUGAUAUACGUCUGGGCUCUCGAGCAACAGAGACACAAGGAAAAAUCAAAAUAUCUCAAACAAGAUAAAAACAAAUUGGACAGCAAUGAAAAUUCUGAGGUUGAAAAUGAAUACAGUGCUAAUAAUAUGCAAAUUAAUUCACAAGACAGUGCUAAUAAUAUGCAAAUUAAUUCACAAGACAGUGAUACCGGUAGUAGUAAAAAUAUAGGAAUUCAUGUAAAUAGAACUGAAUUUCAAGAACAAGACAUGUUUGUUCCGUGGCAGCUGAAAAAUAAAAGUGUAAAAAACGCAGCAACAUUUCACAGAUUUUAUCAUGUAUUUCGAGAAGGUGAACUAGAAGAUUUGUGUGAGAAGAUUUCAGAUUGUAGAAUUAUCAAGAGUUAUUAUGAUCAGGGAAACUGGUGUAUUAUCUUACAGAAAUUAUAA